AUGCCUGGCGACGCUCAGGCUGCUUUGUCUUCGCGUGUAUACCGGAAGGCUGGAUUGAAUCCUGCGGAUACAUCAUUCGUCGAGGCCCACGGCACCGGAACUCAAGUAGGCGACCGAGAAGAGAUUGCAUCCAUCUCCAAGGUCUUCUGCGAGGGUGUUGCCAGGACGGACGACCUCUACGUUGGCUCCAUCAAACCGAACGUCGGGCACCUCGAGGCGACCUCUGGCAUUGCCGGCCUGCUCAAAUGCAUUCUCGUGCUGAAGCAUGGCCACAUCCCGCAGAACUUGGAUUUUAUCAAGCCAAAGCCAUCGCUGAAGCUCUACGAGAGAAAUAUCAAGAUCCCGACAGAACUUACGAAGCUCCCGACGCCCCGUAAUGGUGGGCCGGUGCGGGUGUCUCUCAACUCGUUUGGUUACGGGGGGACCAAUUGCCAUGUUAUCCUUGAGGCUGCCGACUCUGGGAGGAAACCGAAUGGAACCAAUGGUAUCAAAUCCAAUGGAACCAGAAUCAAUGGUACAACGGCCAAUGGAACCGACACGAAUCAGAGGGAAAGUAUGAAGAACGAGCUUUCGGACCCAAAUCAGGCCUCCUUGUCGAACAACACAACGGCGCACUGUCCGGAACUGAUUGUUCUCAGUGAAUCGACUGAGAAAGCGUUGUUAUCGCGCGCCCAAGACCUUCGUCUGUGGAUCAAGACUCACCAGAUGGCGCCACAAACUCUGCACAGCCUAUCCUACACGCUCGGAAUCCACAGGUCGGCUCUUCCAUACAGGAGAGCCAUUGUCGCAUCGACGACGGAGGAUCUCGUGGCUGAGCUCAAAGUACCGGGGCCUCAGAAGAGAAUCGUGUCGCUGGCACCUGUCACGUUCGUCUUCUCCGGGCAAGGCGCCCAGCGGCAUGCAAUGGCGUCCAGGGGGGAGGGUUGGGUGUUCCAGAAGGAUGCGGAUGGCCAUCUCAGCCCGGUCAUUCGACUUCUUGUCAACUUGAGAGCCAUUGGCGAGACUCGCGAGGAAGAGAACCGGCCUUUCGUUCAGGAUGCGGUGAAUCGACUCGACUGGAACCUUGACGCCGACUUCAUGACAGGAAGCUCAUUCCUCCAGGUGCUCUCGUCUACCCUGGGCUUAGAGGAAAGCACGACACACGGAUUUGACGGAACCAAAGUGUUUAUUCAGGAGUCUGACAAGGAAUACCUUGUUACGGACCAGGCCUCGUCCAUAUGGUUUCGAGAUGCCGUGCGCUAUGUUGAGGAGAGCAAUGCUGGCAUGGUGACGCCUCAGCAAGUCAAAUUCUUUGGCUGGAUGAAGAGGUGGUUAUCCUCGGACUAUUGCCGUCAGAUCACCUCAGGCUUGACUCCGGAAGAAGAGAAGGGCAUUCUGCAACGCAUUGAAUCGUCCGAUACCUCGGCCCAGCUGCAACUCCUUGCCCGCGUCGGCAAAGCCCUCCCUGGCAUCCUGACUGGCGAAACCCAGCCCUUGGACGUAUGCUGGAAGGCAAUCUCCUAUCGAGUGGCGUACCUGAAGAUCCUCACUUUCAAGAACCCGCGCCUUCGCGUCCUCGAGGCCGGUGCGGGGACGGGAGGCUGCACCAAAUGGCUCUGCCGCGGGCUUUCCGGCCAGAACGGCGCCGUCGGCCUCCCCGUCGAGAAGUACACCUUUACGGACGUCUCCAGCGGAUUGUUCGAGGACGCGCGCCAGACAUUUGCCGAAUGGGAGGACGUCAUGGAGUUCCGGACGCUGGAUGUGGACACGGAGCCCAUCGAGCAGGGCUUCGAGCCUGGGUCCUACGACGUGGUGGUGGCGGCCAACGUGCUACACGCGACGAGGAAAAUCGACGUGACGAUGAGCCGCGUGCGCAAGCUGCUUAAGCCGGGGGGCAGCCUGGUCCUCGUUGAAAUCGAGCCGAGAGGCGCGGCCUUUGGUCUCGUGGCAGGCUCGCUCACCGGAUGGUGGGCCUCCGAGGACGAUUUCCGGGUCGACAGUCCGCUGCUGUUCCGCAACCAGUGGCAGGAUGUUCUGGCGAGGAACGGGUUCGGGGGGAUUCACCUUUCCUGGGAAUGCAUGAUGGUAGCCAAAGCUGAGCCCUCGCCAAGCAACGGGACACUUGCCGGGCACAGCAUCGUUCUGAUCGGAGACGGCGUUGACGACCAUGUCGUAAAGACCGCCGCGGAAUUCGCCUCCCGCGAUAUUGAUGCCAUAGAGUGCCCGUGGGAGCAAGUCAACGCCCAGGAAGACAGCCUCUAUGUUAUCUUCGACCGCGCGGAGAAACGGCUCCUCCUCGACCCCCAGCCCCAACUAUUCGAGACGGUCAACGCCCUCCUCAGCGCCAAAUGCCGAGUCCUAUGGGGCCUGGUCAACGCCUUUGUCCGCGUUCUCCGGCGGGAGAGCAGCAACACCGGUCUCGUCAGCCUCGACAUCCGCCAACCCGCUCUGCAUCCGGAGAUGACGGCCCGGGUCGUCGCCGACGUGGCACGCAGGCGCUUCUGGCCGGCCACGGAGGACGCGCCGUCUUUGGAGCCGGAGUUCGCCUACGAGGACGACCGCGUUCUGAUUCCCCGUGUCAGGCCGGAUGCCGAAUUCUUGCAGUGGGCCCGGCGCGGUACGGCGGGGCGGGGAGCCGCCGACGAGACAGAGACUGCCCCCUACCAGGGCGACCGAGUGCUCAAGGCCGAGGUCGCGACACCGGGACUUCUGAGUUCGCUGCGCUUCGUCGACAAUGACAUGUCGGCUGCUCUCGGGCCAUUCCAGAUCGUGGUCAAGGCCGAGGCCCACGGCGUGAAUAAGGACGUCGGCCUUGCUCUUGGCCAGAGGGGUCCCGGCGCCCAUAUGGCUGGCGAGUUUGCCGGCGUUGUGACGGCUGUGGGCGAAGAUAUGCGGAAUUUGUACCGGGUAGGCGAUCGCGUCAUGGGUUUCGGCUCACAGCCGUUCAGCAACCUGUCGCGCGUCCAUGGACAUCAGGCCCACAAGACGUCCGGCUGGAUGUCCGCCACGGUCGCGGCAUCCAUUCCGCACGCGUACGUGACGGCCUAUCACUGCAUCAUGGGAACAGCCCGUCUCGAGAGAGGCCAGUCGCUUCUGAUCCAGGCUGCGUCCGGAGGCGUGGGCCAGGCGGCCAUUCAGCUCGCCCAGCAUAUCGGCGCGGCGGCCAUCUUCUGCACAGUCAGCACGGCUGCGAAGCGAAAGCUGAUCAUGGACGAGUACGGCAUCCCGGAAAAUCAUAUCUUCUCCGGCCAGACGGGGUCGCUCAAGCGGGGCAUCAUGCGACUCACCAAUGGUGAGGGAGUGGAUCUGGUGCUCAACUCGUCGGCAGGAGAGGCGCUCAGGGACAGCCUCGACUGCGUCAAGUCCCUGGGGACAUUCAUUGAGCUGGGGAAGAGUGAGAUGCAACAAGGAUUCCAGCUGAGCAUGGCUGCGUUCAACAGGUCGAUAACCUUCCACGCCUUCGAUCUGGAAACACUGUCGGCUCGAGACCCCGGGCGCGUCCACCGUAUGUUGGGCGACAUUAUCAGCCUGCUCGAGUCCAAGGCAUUGCGUCCCAUACACCCGAUCACCACCUACCCCAUUGAUCAGAUUGAGGAUGCAUUCCGCUUCGUAGGCUCGAGGAAGCACACCGGCAAGGUUGUCCUCCAGGUCGAGCCUAUGUCCACGGUCAAGUGCCUGCCUGCCAAGCCCCGGCCGCUGCGGGUACGCAAGGACGGUACCUACGUCGCGGCCGGCGGCCUCGGUGAUCUGACCUCGCGGAUCUGUACGUACAUGGCUGCGGUCAGGGAACAUGGGGGCGAACUUCAUAUCCUCCAGUGCAAUAUCACAGAUGAAGAGAGCAUGAAACGCGCUGCGUCAUACUGCGCCAGGCUGCCCCCCGUUAGGGGUGUGGUGAACGGUGCUUUGGUGCUUCGGGACCGGACAUUCGCCCAGAUGACUGUCGAGCAGUGGAAGCUACCACUCCAGCCUAAAGUCUUCGGGACCCUCAAUCUCGACAAGUUCUUUGCCUCGCCUGAUUUGGCCUUCUUCCUAACCCUCUCCUCGGUCGUGGCCGUCGUUGGCAAGGCUGGUCAGUCCAACUACGCCGCCGGAAAUGGCUUUCAGGACGCUUUCGCUCGUGCCCACGCCGGCCACCCUCACACGCACUACGUCUCGGUCAACGUCGGUGCCGUCUCCGUCGACGCGCACGGCGCCCUCAAAGAGGCACAACAAGGCGACAUGUCCAUCGGUGGCAUGAGGGCGUCUCUCCGGCAGAACAGUAUUAUGGACAUCUCCUUUGACGAGUUCUUUGCUAAUAUCGAGUAUGCCAUGACCGGUCUCGCCCGGGACCACCACAUGCACCAAACAAUCCAGGGUGUCACGCACCAGUCCAUGUUGGACGCCAACGACGAGCACCUUCUUGAGAAUCCCGUCUUCAGCCAGCUGGCUCAUUCCCAGAGGAAGCAAGCUGCGGGCGCCACGCAGACCGACAGGAUUGACUUGAAAAAGGCUCUGGGUAGGGUGAAAACGAUGGAGGAGGCUGAGCAGCUCAUCCGGGACGCCACGCUGACCAAGUUCGCCGUCUUCCUUGACCGGCCGAUCGACGACAUCAGGGUCGAUCAGUCGCUUGCUACCAUCGGUCUCGACUCCCUCGUCAGCAUCGAGUUGAAGAACUGGAUGGUGCGCACGUUCCAAGUCAACCUCCAAACGUCGGAGCUGGGCGGUGCUGGCAGCAUUAUGGCGCUGGUGGCGACGGUGGCCUCGCGGUCGAAGCUGAUCCCCGACGACAUCCGCCAAUCGACAGAGAAUGAGAAAGUCCCAAAGAAUGGCCAGAGCUACCUUGUCGACCUUGACGAGGCAGUCAACGACCUCCUCAACAGCAUCGGCCAUUUUUCCCACACGCAGGAAGAGUAUGCGGAGCUCAGCCGCAAGGCCCACGCCCUCGCUGCACCGGGCAGUCUCGGCCGCAGGCUGUACAGCCAGCUGCGCGCCAAGGCCGACGACCCAAGCGUGGAGAGCUGGAUUGCUGGUCCCCUUCUCAAGGCAUUGCACCUCAAGCGAAGAUAUCCUCUGGUGCCAUUCAGCAGCUUUCUCGGCACCCACUUUGACAGCGCCGUGCCGCACUCACAGGCCCAGCGAGCGGCCGCGCUUACCAGGGCCCUGUCCGAGUUUAAGCAUGACCUGGAUUCUAGGAAACUGAAGCCCGACGUUCUGGGAGAGAGGCCAAACUGCGGCUACUCUCUGACGUGGCUUUUCAACGCCCUGCGAGAGCCAAACGUGGGCUGUGACAAGAUGAUGAGGUAUCCGGGGAUGGAACACGUCGCCGUGUUGCGAAGAGGGCACUUGUUCCGCGUGUCACUCCGGGAAGGAGACGACAUCGUCUCGUAUCCGAAGCUGAAAGCAACAUACCAAGCAAUCCUUGACCUCAACCUCGAGGAAAAGCACUGGACGGGCAUCCUGACGACAGACAACCGUGACAGUUGGGCCACUAACCGACAGAAGCUCCUCUCGAUGGACGCGAGGAACGCCGCGUAUAUCAAAAUGCUGGAGGAAUCCGUCUUUGUCAUGUGUCUUGAUGACGACAGCCCGGUCACGCGUGAGGAACGGGUCCGGUCCGGGUACCUUGGUGACUCGUUCAACCGCUGGCACGACAAGACACUACAGCUUGUCGUCACCGCCAACGGCCGCUCCGGUACCAUCUUCGAGCACUCCAUGAUCGACUUCAUGACCACGUCGCAGAUCUCGCAGAGGCUCCAGCGCGCCAUCGACACCCUGGACCCAGAGAACGACAACCCCGGUCAGGACGGCGAAGCCGUCGUCGUCGAUCCCGCCAGCCUGGAGGAGAUCCCCUUGGUGGCGACGACGGCGGAGAUCGAGGCCCGCAUGACGACGCUGCGCGACAAGUACGCCGCGACCACCGGGGCGAAGAUCUACACGCCGCACCUCGUCCCGUCGUUCGGCAAAGCCGUCCUCCUCGCCCACUCGGUGCCCAUCAAGGCGACCGUGGACCUGACGAUCCAGCUCGCCAGCCGGCUGUACUUUGGCUACCUGCCGGCGAGCUGGGAGACGGUGUCGACGGCGCACUUCCACCUAGGCCGGCCCGAGACCGUGCAGGUGGCCGAGGCUCGCGCCCAGCUACUGCGGGCGGCGCGCGAGACCAACGCGCAGAUCGUCAAGGGCGGCGAGGGCCGCAACUACUUCCGGCUGAUGGACGUGCUUGAGGUCAUGAGCCACGAGGCGCACGACGAGGGCGCCGCCGACGCCGUUCCCGAGCUGUUCUCCGACCCCGUGUGGAAGAGGAGCUACCCGCGCCUGAUCAUGCAGACCAUGAUCGAGAAGAAACUGGCCCAGGAUCCCGGCUACACGAUGGAGGACCCAGAGAACGUGUGGAUGAACUACACCGUGAACGAAGAUUCUCUGGAGGUGUGUUUUGUCAGUCCUCGAACGGGCGCCGAGCGCUUCAAAGCUGCGCUAGACCGUGCGGCAGAUAUUGUCAAGACUAUUAUUCAGGCUGGUCGGGCAUAA